UGAUAAUCUUAUCAGCCAAGUUUUGCCUGUUAUAGUUUUACAACAAAAUCCUGAUAUGAUCGAACAAGCCACUAUGGCCUAUUUAAAAUUAUUGGAAAGGCAUCAAGCUCAAAAGAUUUUUAAUGAAAUUUAUAAUGAAAGGAGGACAAUGAUUAUGCAACAAUUAGAGAAAGGGGAAAAAAUAUAUCGGUAA